UAUUCAGAACUCAUUAAAUCGUAAUUUCUCAUCAGAAUUUCCUGUCUCCUGUCAAUAAUUCCCAAGCGUAACGAAGGAUUUAAUCCGCACCACUUAAAAUUGUUUAUUUCUGAUUGGGUUGUUUUUUGAAGCGUACAUAUUUGAAAAGCAUAUCUUGCUUAGUUUUUAUUUACGUGGGCGAGUGGUAAACUCAUAGACUCAAAAAAUAUUCAGUCUGUUUCGCGCGUUCAUUUCACCGAGAUUCGAGUUUGCAGAGAAAAAAACAGAGAGAGAAUGGCACCUAAAAAUUCUACAACAGCCGAGGCAGAAAACACAUACCUAACAAAGACGAGCACCAAUGGAAGAAAUACAGAACGUCCGCCGCUUCAGAUAGUCUGGCUUAAUGUCUACCUGAUAACUGCCUUGCAUGGAAUGGCAUUAUAUGGUCUUUAUAUCCUCCCUAGGACAAAACCAUGGACAUGGGUUUGGAUGGGGGUCUGUUUCAUUUUAGGAGGAGCAGGAAUUACAAUUGGAGCACAUCGAUUGUGGUCACACCGCUCAUUUAAGGCAACUUGGUCUCUUAGAUUAUUCCUGAUGUUGAUGAAUUGCAUGAGCGCUCAAAAUGACAUUUUUGAAUGGGUAAGAGACCAUCGUGUCCACCACAAGUACUCUGAAACCGACGCCGACCCUCACAAUGCCAAGAGAGGUUUCUUUUUCUCGCACGUCGGAUGGCUGAUGGUCAGAAAACAUCCUGAUGUCAGAACGAAGGGAAAACAGAUCGAUAUGAGUGAUCUGUACGCUGAUAAUAUCGUAAUGUUUCAAAGAAGGCACUACAAGCCCCUCACGAUAAUCUUCAACAUCAUUCUUCCAACUCUGGUUCCAUGGUACUUCUGGAAUGAAGCGUUAUGGAACUCGUUUUUCGUUUGUUUUGCGUUUCGUUACGCUUAUUUACUCAAUGUCACGUGGAGCGUGAACAGUUUUGCCCAUAUAUGGGGAUCACGACCUUACGACGAAGCCAUAAGCCCUUCGCAGAACCUUGUCGCUAAUCUUGGUACACUCGGUGAAGGCUACCACAACUUUCAUCACUGUUUUCCUCAAGACUAUGCUACAUCUGAACUGGGUACUUAUAUCAACUUGUCUAAAUUUUUUAUAGAUUGUUUCGCUCUUGUCGGGCUGGCUUAUGACUUAAAGACAACUUCUAAGGAAGCUGUGUUACAACGCAGGAGGCGUACGGGAGAUUUAAGAAACCAAAAACAUUAGGGGGAUAAAUAUUUACCAGAGAUUACGAGACAUCAUCUUUUCCCUUUUUUCCUCUUGAUAUUUAGCAAUUAGUGAAUUUCAUUCAUGAAAUAAGUUUUUGUAUGCGUGACAUAAUUUGAAACCUUUUUAAAAGUAUUCGGACACUGUUUCUUUCAUCUGUUGUAGCUAGGUGUGAAAAGAUGAAAACACAACCUCACUCCCCCCAUCCCCUCCCAUACGAAUGUUGUCUUUGAAGGUAUCAAUGCUGCUAGGAAAUCACAUUGUGCCUGGGAGGGAGGGGAAGGGAAGAGUAAGUAAUGUUACAAGGAGGGGAGGGUAAGUAAUGUUACAAGGAAUGCAAUUAUACAAGUAUGCUAUUUAUUUGAUCCUGUUCAAAUUUAAGGUGAUAAUUCAUUAUCUGUUUGAAUUUUUGUAAAGUUGUCUUGAGGA